AUGUGGUCAGACAUUAGAUAUUACCCUAUAUAUAAUGCUUCAAUGUUUAGGUUACUACUGAAAUACCAUGGAAGUUCAAGCUCGAUCACUCCAAGGGCAUGUCCUGAUUGUCAGGCGCCUCCAUAUCAAGCCGAAGAGUUUGUUAUCGGUGAUAGUGAAGAUUGGAUGGAGCCAUUUAUCCUUUAUCUCUGUGAUAAUGUCUUACCUUCAGACAAACGGGCUGCCGCUAAACUUUCUAUGAGGGCCAAGAGAUUUCUUUAUCAUGCUGGGAUUCUGUAUCGAAGAAGUUUCGGAGGGGAUUUAUUACGUUUCUUGGGAAAAGUUGAAGCAGAUACUGUCCUCAAGGAAUUCCACGAGAAGGAACAUCAGGGGAAGAGAAGGUUGUUUCUUCAGGUACACGAAAAGAAUUGUUGGCCCACAAUGGAAGAAGACGCCGCGUCUUUCGUUCGAAAGUGUCAUAAGUGUCAGACUCAUGCGGAUUUGAUCCAUGCACCGAGUGUUCCUCUACAUUCCGUCAGUAGUCCUUGGCCGUUUAAUAGUUGUGGGACUUGA